UAUUCCACGUCGAGUUGUACUUGUGUGACUAAUGUGUCUUCGUCUUCGUGAAUUAUGAACAGAUUUCUUUUAUUUAGAAAGGAUUUUUUUAACGCUCGUAUGCUGUAAGGUAUUUCUUGGAUAUGAGGUAAUCGACUUGAAGUUGAAAGCUGUUGAGAAUCAGUAUAAAGCAGGAUUCCAUACAAGUGAAACGUUUGGAACAUCCCGCCAUUUGUUUCAUUGGAAACUUACCCGCGAUAGGAACCCAAAAAAACUUAAAAUGGAUCCACCAGAAUUAGUACAACACACUAGAGAUAUAACAACUUGCCCUCGUUGCAUGGAGUCCAGAACAAUUCUCAGCCGAAACCCCCGUCACGAGAGAAACUCGGAUAUUCUCAGCCCUACACGGACAUUGCGGCAUCCGCAAAGCCACACACAAUGGCAUCCAGGGCGUUUGAUCAAGAGCGCCCUCAACCUUCACCGUCAGCUGUUUAUACAAGUCACGCUUUUGGUGACGCUACUAUCACAAACAGGCCUUGUUGAUGCAGCCUGCACGACAGGCGAACCCUUCGUCGGAUAUCUCCCUACUGUUCCAGACGACCAGCUCAAGCUACAGCACGCCACGUCGGCCACAGGCUGCGCCGAGACCUGCUGCAUGAAGAAGAACUGUGACUUGGCGUGGAUCGUGGACCAGAACUGUUUCCACGGAAGGUGCCACUCAGAGAACGACUGCAUACCGUUCAAAGAUGCCAGUGUGUCCAGUAUCGUGUACGUUAUGGAUAGAUCAACUCAAACUUAUGAAGAAGAUUCCGGUGUAUCUUGUAACCCAUAUGAUAAGUGGGACACGUGCCCGGUGGGUGAGCAUUGCGACCAGCCUUCGCACCAAUGUCAGUGCGAUGAAUGGAAGACCAGGAAUUUUGUGACGAAUCACUGCGAAGAUGACCAAAGAGUUCACAGCGGCAAUCAGUUCAGUUUUCUUCCAGAGAAACAGCCAGUCUUUCCGAGACUGAAGCAACCCUGGGACACCGGGAACCCUGGUAUUGACGAUAGCGAUAAGCAUGGUGACCGUGGUAACGAUCACGGCCAAACCUACAAUCCCGAAAAUCCGUACGGGGAUAUUUCGGACGGCGGUCCCGAUGCCCCUAAUAAUGACGCUGGUGAGAGUUUUGGCACGCACGACAGUGUCGGCGAGUCGGGUGGAAUAGCGCCCUCAAUGGACGAGUUUCGCUUCUGCGAGUCCGACAAGGUAUGCGAGCCGUACGGGUACUGCUUCGGGCUGCAGCAGUACGGAGCAGGGAUUUGCAAGUGCCACAAUGGCUUCCACGAGUCCGAAGCGAUGGGCAUGUGUGUUCCAGAUGACUUAGAAGAAGGGGAGUUGAUCACGCAACACCCAGACAGUCCACCCGAUAAACCGCUCCCAACUGGUGGCUCCGAAAACGCCCCCGCCCCCACCUACGCAACCCCAGACACACCCCAAGAGACACUCCCCGAAACCCCCCUAGCCGAACUCCCUGAUAACAAACCAGACAUUGCUCUUCCGGUGACGCAAAUAACCCCGGGGGCCGAGAAUGAAACCGAGGGGGAUGAUGGUGGGGGCGGAGCUAAGGAGGCCGAGGUGGGGGGUUGGAAACCUGGUGACGGGGUUGAUAUGCCGCACAAGAAGAAUGACGGCGUCGGGUUUGAGCACAAAGGAGACCUAACCGAGACUGAAAAUGACACCAAAACAAACCCUGAAGGUGACGACAGUAUGUCCCCCACCCCCUUGUCAGACACCCCGACGGAAGAGGGCGGCACACAGAGUAACACUGGGCUGGACGAACUGACAGAGAAGACCCUGGUGACAGAUAGUAAGACACAGACGCCGUCGUUGCCAACACCAUCAGUUAUUAAGUUGACGGUGUCAGCCGGGGAAGACAGAACCCUCCAGCUCCCAGACCAAGACCACGUCACUCUCAUCGCGUACGUCAUCCCUGAGAAUCCCCCAAAGGGCCAGGGUUACACCUACGAUUGGGAGGUACUGGAUGGCCCCGAGGACCAAGCCGGAAAAAUGACCGGCGAACACGCUAAACAGUUGAGACUCGAAGAGUUAUCGGCCGGUGUCUACAAAUUCAAAAUUGAGGUCUGGGGCGAGGGGUCCUACGGCUCCGCGACAGUCAACGUGACGGUACUCGCCCCGCCGCGUGUCAACCAACCCCCAAAGGCAGUCAUCAAUCCGCCUAGCCAAGAAAUUAUUCUUCCGAAUCCAGGAACCUACCUAGACGGUUCAGAUAGCACAGAUGACGACGAUAUUGUGAGUUACCACUGGCAGGAGAUUGAAGGCCCCGUCAGAGAAACUAAGAUAACCGGAGACGGCCAGACGCUACAACUGACCGACCUGGUACCGGGGCCUUACGUCAUCAGAUUGACUGUGACAGAUUCGGACGGCAUUACGGACUCGGCACUUGCCAACGUUACCGUCAAAGAAGAAAUUGACAAUCCCCCGGUUGCCAAAGCCGGCAAAGACGUCAUCAUCAAGCUGCCCGUCAACUCGGCUGUUCUCUACGGCAACGGUAGCUUUGACGACCACCCGGUGGUCUAUGAAUGGUCCAAAGACAGCGGACCAGUGGCUGAUAUGUCGGGUUCCUCCUCUCCCGUAUUUCACCUGAACAAUCUUGAAGAAGGGACCUACAUCUUCCGAUUGACGGUCACAGACUCCAAGGGAAGGAAAGAUUCAGACGAGGCUACAGUUAUCGUCAAACCAGAAAACAACGUGGCACCCACGGCCGACGCAGGCCCAGAUAAAGAACUCUCGCUACCGGACGAUUCGACGACCCUAGACGGCACCAAGAGCACCGAUGACUUGGAAGUUACUUCGUACCACUGGCAAAUAGUCAGUGGGCCCAACGAUCCAGAAAUCAAGGAUGCCAAUAAAGCCACCGCUGUGGUGUCGGGAUUAGUAGCCGGUCGCUACGUCUUCCAACUGACCGUGGGUGACAUACAUGAGGCCACAGACACUGAUACAGUGGACGUUGUCGUCAAGAAAGAGUUUAACAAUCCGCCUGUCGCCCAUGCUGGACCAGAUAUUACCAUUAAUCUGCCGAACAAUGUGGUCGAGUUGGAUGGAUCGCAGUCAACGGACGAUAAAGGCAUUGUGUCGUACGAGUGGAAGCGAGACGCGAAGAGUCCCGCCGCUGGGAUGGCCGUGGGAAACUCGGCCCACGAAGCCCUCCUGACGCUAACCGGCCUGGUAGCGGGAACAUACCACAUGAAGCUGAACGUGACGGACGCUAAGGGUGCCUCUAGCACCGAUACGGCGGUCAUCACUGUCGUGAAAGAUUCACACAGGUUGAACUUAGUGGUGUUAACAUUCGAUGUUCAAGCAUCCAAGUUUACACAACGGGAUAAGGUUGACAUGGUCCGAUCCCUGGCUGUUCUGUUGUCCGUUCGUGACGAGGACAUCAAAAUCCAACAAGUGUACCAAACACCGAAUGAGCAGCUGCAAGUUAUUUUCUAUGCCACCAACUCCACGUCCAACGCAGCAAUGCCGGGCCCGAAGGUGGUCAGAAUACUGACCAAGAAGAAACUCUCAAGCGAGACGGACUUGCUCAAGUUUAGGGUUCUAGAAAUGGACACAAUGGUUUGUCAGAAGAACUGUUCUGGUCAUGGUCAGUGCGACCCUUACACUAAGCAGUGCAUCUGCGAGAGUUUCUGGAUGGAGAAUUACUUCAGAACGUGGAUGGGUGACAAGGAAAGCAAUUGUGAUUGGAGUAUUUUGUAUGUCAUCAUAGUCGUCUGUGUCAUAGUCGUAGGGAUUGGAGGUCUGUGCUGGAUAUGCAUAUGCUGUAUAAAGAGGAGCCGGAGGAAGGUGAAGAGAAGGCGGAGAUAUAAUCUGCUGUCCCAGGAUUUGGACGGGACAGAAUCUAUGGAAAUGCUGCCAAAGAAUGCAAAUGAGCCACAAACUGAGUUGACAAACAACGGCAAUGGGAGUGUGCUUGAUAAACUGACUGACAAAGGCUCCUUCCAAGGCAAGCAGAGUAGCAGCAUCAUGAUCUCGGAGUCCGACGACGAUACGGACGAAGAAACGACGCUGUUUGACUCCAAGAAACGCCAGGGGAAGAACGGCAAAGCCAACGGCUCGGUCAUGUCGGUCCAACCCCGCAAGAAAAGACCCUUCCCUCUCAUCAGCUCCAGAACUGAGAAAUUACACAACUGAGUGUUUUGGAGAAUCAUUUUGCGAGGCAUUUUGUGAUGGCUUCAAAGGCAGGUUGGUGCAAUGAACGAUCGACUCUCUGUCAACGAGAAUUUGCAAGGUACCAGUUACAUAGUGAAAUACACACCUAUUGCACUGAAAUGCAGAAAUGGUUACCAGUGAUUCCUCAAACAUGGUCAAAAUCCCUACUUUAAAAGGCCUAAUAAA